AUGGGCCGCUCCCUCAACCACCGCAACACCGGCACCGUCGAGUUCCUCGUCGACACAUCCGAUGGCCGCCAUUGUUUCGUGGAGGUGAACCUACGCAUCCAAGACGCGGGGAUGGCGUGCAUCACCACGGAUGACCCGCUCAACGAUUUUGCCCCGAUACAGCGGAACGAGCCAUUCACCCGGCAGCCGCCAGUUGGCCACGAACCGGAGCCAUACACAACAGCAGCACCACCACUGGCACAUGGCGACGAGGGUGAUGGAGAGGAGGCGUCGCUUGGGCCGUUUGACGUGCUCGUGUACCACAUGGGCAUGCUUGAGCUGGUGCGCGCGCUCCUUGGCAAGCAGCAGGCAUCAUCAGCAUUUCACCGCUGGACGAACAUCAGGGGCAGGUGGUCCGCGUCAGGUGAGCUGCUGCUGACUGGUUGGAGCUGCGCGACGCGUAAGGUUGGCGAGCGCCUCCUGAGGGAGAUGACGAACUUCCCUAUUGGGCAGGUGCAGCGGACGGCCCGCCGCGACCGGGACUGCCCCGCCUGGACGGCGGACGAGCUGUGGUCCGUGUGGGUCGAGCCCGUGCCCGAAGGUCUUGAGGAGGUGUUGCCCUCGCUCGCCAAGGCAAACAGUGGCUUUCACUCCCACACGUACAAGCGGCACGGCAACCGCGUCAGGGGCAUAUUCAGGUUUGUGUCACGGGAGAGCGCGGAGCUGAUGGUCCGCCUGUACGACCAGCGGGAGGUGCUGGGCACGAAGCUCAACGUGUUCCCAGACCCAAAGGCAAAGAACUGGAAGAGCAAGGGCAAGGACUCCACGUCCUCCUCCCCUGCGUCCCCAACAUCCAUCACGCCGGCGCCUGUUGCGGGCCAGGCAAAGCGCAUCACGUUCUACCUGACCGAGGCAGGCAGGAAGCGUGACAGCAAAAGGCCUGACUGCCGCCAUGCGACGCUGGAGCGCGCCGGCGUCAACUUCCAGUCGCUGCAGGUCUUCCCGGACCUGCGCUGUGCGAGCGUGGACGGGGUUGCCGACAGCGAGGAGACGUUUCGGAGCCUGCUGCCACUGCCCAUUGACACGGCAGCGAGCGCCUGUCGUCUGGAGGCGCGGCACGCACCGCUGCACCGCAUUGUCGUCACCUGUACCUUGCACAGCAAGCCCACCACGGGCCGCGACAUUGUGCAGGCGUUUGAGUUGUCCCUCGAGGACACGCUGUCCCACAUCCAGCCGUUUGCCAACACCCGCAUAACUGAACAAGAACAAGAACAAGGGGAACAGCAGCAGCAGGAUGGUGGAGGUGAUAGUGAGGCACAUGAUGUUGCUGCCAAGCCCACGGCUGUGCACGACCCUCAUCAGUACAAGAAAGAUGGCGAUGCUGGCAGUGACUACAGCAAGAACCGCAGUUCGUCCUCUGAGACCACACUGCAGCGCGUGUUUGUGCUGGAGACAACGGACACGCGUGCGGCGCAUGCGUGCGUGCGCAAGAUGCAGUUUGCCACCUCCGUCUCGCACACGUUUGUGGCGCGGCUGUGCUACCCGAACGACAUGCACGUGGCGGUGCUCGACCCCAAGCUGGGCGGCCUCCUGUCGGACCUCGUCGACGCAUUCAACAAGAGCAGCGUGUCCAAGGACUUGAAUGUGCUGGCGGCUGCAACUAUGGGCAACCGCAUCUGCUUCACGGGCAGUACCGCCGUGCUGGUGUGGUCGCAGGCCAAGCUGCUUGCAAGCUUACUCGCGCCGACCUUCCACCCGUGUGCCCGCAGCGACCGCGUGCUGGGCGACGACAAGAUCAUGGAGCACGUGCUGAACGACUACGGCCUCAAGCUCGUGCGCUACCCGACGCUUGGCCUGCUGCCCUACGCAGACACGACACACGGGGCCAUGCGGGAUGUGGAGUUUGUGCGGCCGCCGCCCGUCACCAGCACCCCGCCCAUCGCAUCGCCCGUGGCACCCCAGCAGGCGCUGAUACACACGUGCGACCUGGACGGCGCCAUGCUGCUGGAGUACUCGCUGUACUACUACCUGGAUCAGGACAGGGAGCGCGGGCUCAGCUACAUCAACAGCACCGUCGGCGCCAACAUCAAGUCGCAGACAACGAUCAGCCCCAGCGCGGAGGACAGGGACGCGUGCGCCUCGAGCGUGCCCGUGACCGUGGAGGGCAUGCAGCGGCAGCUGACGGCGUUUGACAACGCGGUGCAGGACACCCUCAAGGAGUACCUGUGCCACGUGCUCGACCUUCCGGUCAUUGACACGUCGCACGUGCCGGAGAUGUCCGAGGCAGACGUCACCUUCCUGAAGCGCAAGCUGUUCAACUAUCUCACCAAGGCCAGCCGCACGCUGUGCCGCAAGCAGGACGGCGUGGUGAGCUACGUUGCGCCGCAGGACGUGAUUGGCACGCCCACUGAGCGCAAUACGGUCAUCCCUACGAUGGAGUCGACGUUCCGCACCAUCGCCCACAUCCGGCCCACACGCUACGUGUGCCAGGUGCCCAUGUCCGUGGCCAAGGAGUUGGUUGCUGGACAGCGAGCUGAAGCGGCUGCGCAAGAAGGCGUUGGUGCUGAUGCCGGUUAUACCGCAAGCACGGGCGCUGCUUCUGUCACUUCAGACGGCGCUCUUCCUGUUGUACCGAGAUGUCGGUAG